CCAAGCCACAGAUAGCCAGUCGUCUCUCAUCCCCAGAUCUCUCUCUCCCGCUUCACUUGCAGUUACUUGGCUAUGGCUCCUCUGGUCUUCAUUGCAUUUCUUAUCUCCUUCGCCUUAACGGUCGAGGCCAGAAUCCCAGGGGUUUACACCGGCGGCCCCUGGCAGAGUGCUCAUGCUACCUUCUACGGAGGAUCCGAUGCUUCCGGCACCAUGGGUGGAGCUUGCGGAUACGGUAACCUCUACAGCCAAGGGUACGGCGUGAACACGGCGGCGCUGAGCACCGCAUUAUUCAACAAUGGGCUGAGCUGCGGAGCGUGCUUUGAGAUAAAGUGCGCAAAUGACAAACAAUGGUGUCACUCGGGGAGCCCAUCCAUCUUCAUCACGGCCACUAACUUCUGUCCGCCCAACUACGCUCUUCCCAACGACAAUGGCGGCUGGUGCAACCCUCCUCGCCCCCACUUUGACCUCGCCAUGCCCAUGUUCCUCAAGAUUGCCGAGUACCGUGCCGGCAUCGUCCCCGUCGCCUACCGCAGGGUUCCAUGCAGAAAGGAGGGAGGAAUGAGGUUCACCAUCAACGGCUUUCGUUACUUCAAUCUGGUGCUAAUCUCCAACGUGGCAGGCGCCGGGGAUAUAGUGCGGGCAUACGUGAAGGGAUCCAGGACCGAGUGGAUGCCCCUGAGCCGAAACUGGGGUCAAAAUUGGCAGUCAAACGCAGUAUUGGUGGGACAGUCAUUGUCGUUCAGGGUCACGGGCAGCGACAGGCGCACUUCCACCUCUCGGAACAUCGUCCCCUCCAACUGGCAAUUCGGUCAAACUUUCACCGGCAAGAACUUCCGAGUUUGAUUGUACUUUGUUUAUGGUAAAUUGUAGGGAAUGCUGAAGCGGCUAUCAAAGGGUAGCCCGCGGCUGAUUAGUGGCUCAUACAAUUUCGAUAUAAUAUAUUUAUAUAUAGUUCAAUUAAUAUAUGUAAGCAACUGUAUUGGGGUUAAUGGUGACCGGUUGGUCUGUUUGAAUCAAAUGGUUUAUUUUCCGUCUCUUA